GGAUGAAGAAGAGGACUUUGUAUUUGUUGAUGGAGCUAAUGGUGAGAAGGAACCAGUUGUGUUUCUCUCUGGCUGGCUUGGGGCAGAAGAUCGACAUUUGGCCAAAUAUUGCAGUAUCUACAACCAAAGAGGGUGUAUAACCAUCCGCUAUACCUCUCCCACAGCUUACUUGUUUGUAAGACCGAAAGUGAAACUGAUGCCAAUUGCUCGUAAACUCCUUGCAUUACUGAAGGACAUGAGCCUUGAUGACCAUCCUGUUUUUUUCCAUAUGUUCAGCAACAAUGGAUCUGUGUUAUAUUACUACAUAACUCAGGCAAUGGAAGAAGAUGAGGCACCAAAUUUGAUGGUUAAAGGAUGCAUUUUUGACAGUACCCCAUCACCUAGGAGAAUUUACUCAGGUGUGCGAGCGAUAUAUGAGGUGACGCCAGGGUCAGUAUGGAUGAAGCUCUGUGCAUCAGUAGGCAUGAUGCUGUUCUUGAUGGGCUGGAGAGUCCUUUCUGUGUUGUGGACAAUUAUCUCUGGAAAGCUUCCUAACACUCCACCUUGGGCUCUUGUGGAGGACAAAGCUCGAUGCCCACAGCUCUUUCUGUAUUCACGUGCUGACAAACUUAUCAAUUACAAUGAUGUUGAAUAUUUUGUUGCUGAACGUCAGAAGCUUGGAGUUCCUGUUGUUACAAAAUGCUGGGAUGAUUCUGCUCAUGUUCAGCAUUACAGGGUACACCCAGAUGCCUACAGUGCCUCAGUUUAUUCAUUCAUCAACAUGUGCCUCUCCCCAGAUUUCUUAAGUAGUAAGGUCAUUGCUGAUGUAUCAGAGGAUGCUGAUAAACAGAAGAGUGAUUAAAGAGUAGUUGUUACAAGGGUGUUACAGGUCCAGAACAGACACAUUACCUGACCCGAUGCCGUUAAGCAUGCCUUGGCCACGUAACUCUCUUCACAUAUAAAUGGCUCCACAAUUACUUAGUCACCAAUGAGACAAUAACUAGUACUGCCUUUCUCACCUGCCUGACCUUUUUUUUAUUUUAGGAAAUAUUUUCUUUGAUCUUGUAUUGCUGUUAGAAAUGUCAUUAUUAUAAUGAUUAUAAUGUCUAUAAUGAUAAUAACAGCAUCGAUAUUGAUAGCAUUUGUCAGAAUUUUUUUUAUUUUGAAAACUCAAAUAAAAGUGAAAUUAGGUGAGUUCAUAAGGUUGACUAAUUGACUACUUGGUGGCUAAACACUUACUGAACCAUGAAUGUGGAGAGACAAAUCACAAAACAAUGCUACAGUAAAUAUUAAAUUCUUGUGGCAGCACUGGGUUAAGGUAUGUUAUAUAUAAUGACUUUGUAAAGAAGACUUGACCAUUGUGUAAUGAAUUUAUGGUCACAGUGCUUAUGUAAAAUAUGUAAUGAAAUAGGAGUUGUUUUAUCAGCAAAACUUUGACCAUCUAUGCUCAUUAAAUAUAAUUAUUAACCUGUACAUAUGGGUUCAGAUAGAAGACAGGUCUUAAUUAUUUGGUAAAUCUGAUAUUGCAAAUACAUUAGGACAGGGUAAGCUAUACCAUUGGUUCUAGAAUUUGGUGCUGUGAGCAGUACCCAGAGGUGGUGCAUUAUCCAAAAUGAAAUCAAAUUUAUGGAUGCAGUAAGUAAUUGUCACUCUUCUAAAGAGCAGGAAACAUAUGGCCUUGAAGUUCAGGGGUAUUUUGUUUCUAUCGACUGUAAUUCAUGGGGCAGAAGAAAAUAAACUACUGUAACUGUAAAAUCAUUUAGAGGGGUGAUGGGGUAAUGAAAAACAUUUUGUGGGAAGGCAUCUGUAAGCUUUGGAGUCACUGAAUAUGGUUUAGGAACCACUGGGCUCUACCUUCUAUACAUUUUAAAAGAAUCGUCUCAUGAGAAUAUUUUUUAACGUUUUGAUAGUGUAAUUCUUGUGUAAUGAUCUAUGAUAUCAUGAAGCAGUUAGACUACUGUAAACUGGGGUAACCAUGAACAUUUUUAAAAGUGUUUUAAACCAGAUAGCCCUAAGAACCACUUUGUUCCUUGCUGCAUAGAAUUCCAGAUUUGUUUUGUUUUGCAAAGGCAAAUUUUGGUGCAUGGGAUUUCAAAAGCUUGAUUUUAUGCAUUAGAAAAUGCAUGUUUUUGUCAUAUAUCAGAUAGACAGAGCACAAAGUUGCAAAAGUUAUCACAGUUACCUCUUGUAUAUGAAAAUGGGAUGAAUUAUAAACUUGUAAAUAAAGUACAUAUAAAGCAACAGACACAUAUUUGUCUAAUAUGAAACUAUAGAAUAUGUAUGAAGAUGUAUUUGUAUGUAUCUAUGUAUAGAUAAUUAAAAAGAAAAAAAAACAUAUGUACCAAGAGGUGACCCUGUGCUACUUAACCAAUUGGAUCCAACUGGUUUGUAGCUUGUGGCUUGUGCACAGAUCAAAAUAUGUGCAUUAGUCUUACAUGAGUGGUCACUCUCCUAGGUAUGUGGCUUGUAGGCCCAGCCCACAUGAACAUUCACUAUCAAGAGUCCUUUCCUUCUUUUUGCAGAGCCAUUAAUCCUCUUUAUGCAGAUGUGUUUGCUGUUUUGCACUUUGCCUUUUGUUAUGCUGUAUCAAUGUGUUUUUCACUGAGCAGUCUCCAUAUCUCUCCAGGUAGUUUUCAGUCUGUGCAAUAAUGUAACAUAGUUAUUUGUUUUGAUUUUUAGAAAGAAAAAAAAAUGUUUAUGCAAUAUCAAAAAAACGUUA